GCCUCCGCUGCGGCCGGAAACAAUAGUGGAGGAGCCGGAGCCGCGAGGAACGGCGGUGGCGGCCUGCGGAGCUGGACGGGGCACUAUGAACGAAGAGGAGCAGUUUGUAAACAUUGACUUGAACGAUGACAACAUUUGCAGUGUUUGUAAACUGGGAACAGACAAAGAAACACUCUCCUUCUGCCACAUUUGUUUUGAACUAAAUAUUGAGGGAGUACCAAAAUCUAAUCUCUUGCACACCAGAUCAUUAAGGGGCCAUAAAGACUGCUUUGAAAAAUACCAUUUAAUUGCAAACCAGGAUUGUCCUCGAUCUAAGCUUUCCAAAAGUACUUAUGAAGAAGUUAAAACCAUUUUGAGUAAGAAGAUAAACUGGAUUGUACAGUACGCACAAAAUAAGGAUCUGGAUUCAGAUUCCGAAUGUUCUAAAAACCCCCAGCAUCACCUAUUUAAUUUCAGGCACAAGCCAGAUAAAAAAUUACUCCCACAGUUUGACUCCCAAGUACCAAAGUAUUCUGCAAAAUGGGUAGAUGGAAGUACAGGUGGCAUCUCAAACUGUACACAAAGAAUUUUGGAGAAGAGGGAAAAUACAGACUUUGGACUUGCUAUGUUACAAGAUUCAGGUGCCACUUUUUGCCAUAACAGUGUAAUAUGGCCUCAUAGUCACAAGCAGGAACAGAAAGAAGAAGAGACAAUCUCUAAUCCACAGGCUAAUGUCCAGACCCAGCAUCCACAUUACAGCAGAGAGGAAUUGAAUUCAAUGACUCUUGGUGAAGUAGAGCAACUGAAUACGAAGCUCCUACAGCAAAUCCAAGAAGUUUUUGAAGAGUUAACACACCAAGUACAAGAAAAAGAUUCUUUGGCCUCAGAGCUCCAUGUCCGCCAUGUUGCCAUUGAACAACUCCUCAAGAACUAUUCCAAGUUACCAUGUCUGCAAGUGGGGCGAACAGGAAUGAAGUCACACCUACCCAUGAACAACUGAACUAAAUUUAUACUUCGUAUGCCCUUCCCUUUAUUGGUCUGCCAGGCAUGCAGACUUUGAAGAAGUUUGAAGAAGGUUAUGGUCCAUUUUUUAUGGUCAUUAUAUUUGCAAAGCAUAUCAGGCAAUAUUUAACAUCUUUGUCAAAUAAAGCAGAUCAUUAUACUCUA